UCACCUAUUCGACGCGUCUCGUGGGUGAAUGAAAUUAUGUCGACUACGUACCUCAUCUCCAAAGCGAUUGACCCCAUCUUCGCCGUGAGCGUGGGCAUUACGGCCGCUGCUGUUCGCAUCAAUCGUGAAGAGAAGGAGAAGGGGAGGACGACGCAGCAGACACUCGAUGCUCUGAAGAGGAGGACUCAGCUAGUCUUUGGAGGCGCGAAGAAGGAGCAGAGCGGAGACUCGGCUUGAAAACUUGGACAGGAAGAGCAGCAUCGGUCAGCAGAAAGGAGGCAGCAACAUGGAGUGUUGAUUUGGAGAUGUCUUCAACUCAUGCAUCGGUAUAGUGUGAAAGAAGCACCAAUGAUGAAAUUCCUCAAGGCUACGGAAUGACAAGCAGCAACACAUUGCAAAGGCCCCUAGAAGAGCAAGCCUGGAGUUGAAGCCCCCGGUCUGGGCUCUUGAAAGGACAGACGAGUGAUUGCUUUGCCGAACGCGAGCAUCGAGGUAAAGCCUCGCCCAAGUACACUGAGUGACGUGGUAGAGAGAAGGCUAUCUAAAGCCAUAAUCAGCCUCGCACUCCAACGAUAGUUGUACGAUUCGACAACCACUUAUCAAGAUUCAUGAUUGCCAGAGCUUUCUUUCUAGGACUGCCAAGAAAACAAGCACAAUCUCCGCACUCUCAUCGGUAGAAGAAAUCCCUCCA